UUUUAUGAAAGAAUUGGAGUACCUUAUAGACGUGGUAUUUUAUUAUAUGGUAAACCAGGAACUGGAAAAACUAGUUUAAUAAAUGCCAUUUCUUCCCAAUUAUCUCGUGAUAUUUAUUAUUUAAAUCUUAAAGAUAUUAAAAAUGAUAAUGAAUUAAAUGCUGCAUUUAGUGGUGUUCCAGGAAAUCAAAUUAUUGUACUUGAAGAUGUUGAUACACAAUCAAAAGUUCUUCAUAAACGUACAAGUAAUUCUGGUUCAUUUAAUU